AUGCCUUCCAGACUCCAACUGAAUAAUGUGGAGCUAUUCUGGAAGAUUGCAAAUGUAACCACAAAUGAAGACCUCGCAGACGUCUGCGUGGCGGUGAUUGCUGACCACUUUGCAACAUUGGCCCGUCGCACAAAGUUUAUUCGCGCAUGUGAGCCAGAAUAUCUAGCAACCAUUCUUCGAGACGAACGGCUCGACGAUGUGCCGGAAAAGCUAAAAUUGGACCUCCUUUUGGCAUGGCUAGUCACAGGCUCCCAAAAGAAGAACCCCGCCUUACAAGCCAGCUUCUUCGAAAACCUCAUCUCAAUUAUUGACCUAAAGCAAAUACCGAAGACUUUCAUGGAAGGCCUUCUAAAGAAUAAUACGGCCAAGUUGUCGGAGGAGUGCAGUCACCUAGAAAUUGGCAGUUUUGCAAGCGUCAGGAUUGAUGACAAUCGAAAUCUUGUCGUAACGAUGUUUUCAGGACUAAAUCCAUACAGAAAAAUUAACUUCAGCAAUAAUUUGCUGUAUUUAUCCAAAUAUGUCGCUUUCGAUGGUAGCAUUUAUUUUAUUGGUGGCCGGAGGAAGCAGAACACGACGGUUAGCAGUGUUGUCAGAGUCGACCUCACGAAUAAUCACGCCUCUGAGGUGCACGACAUGCGGACUCCACGAUUCGGUCACUGUGUUGCUGCAAAUGACCAACGAAUUCUCGUCUUUGGUGGGAUUGGCAAGAAGGACAAGUGCUUGUCAUCGUGUGAAAAAUACAAUCCACUUAAAAACAAGCAAGUGUCUCGUGUUAUUGCAAAUAUUUUCGUCUGA